AUGCCGGCUUCUCGCCCCUCCGAAGCCGUUCGGACACUGCCCGAACAGCUUCGGGAGAGCGGGGCGGGCAGAUCCGCGACCCCGGAGUUACGGUGGGGGAAGGGCAGGAGCGCUGCGGUCGCUGAGCGUUUGCACGUUUGCACCUCUCUGUGGAAGCAGUGCGUCACAGGAGGGAAAUAUACAUGCUCCCCAAAACAAGAGGUGCCUUCCACUUCAGUAUUCCAGAUCCUCAGCACAUUUGCAAAUCGCGAGGGUCACCAUACAGGUCAAACGUCUGCACGCAAACCAGGGACCGAAGCACGCGGCGCAAGGAUGCGGAGCUUUAUCUGUUGUACGUUAUUACUCAGGACGCGUUUCUCACGGGAUUUGGCCCGCGGGCUGCCCCGUAGUAGGAGGUGUGGUAGAACUGGAGCCGUAGAAAGAAUGUGGAUUGCGAUUGGUUCGCACUUCACUUUCCCGGAGCUCAGUGGGCGUCGCGCGAAGACUAAGGGAGUGUGGCGGGCGGCUCCGGGAGCCAACAUGCCUCGGUAUGCGCAGCUGGUCAUGGGCCCCGCGGGCAGCGGGAAGGUGAGGAUCUGCGGGGACAAGGAGAGAAAAAGCACCUACUGUGCCACCAUGGUCCAGCACUGUGAAGCCCUCAACCGGUCUGUCCAAGUUGUAAACCUGGAUCCAGCAGCAGAACACUUCAGCUACUCCGUGAUGGCUGACAUCCGGGAACUGAUCGAGGUGGAUGAUGUAAUGGAGGAUGAUUCUCUGCGAUUCGGUCCCAACGGAGGAUUGGUAUUUUGCAUGGAGUACUUUACCAAUAAUUUUGACUGGCUGGAGAACUGUCUUGGCCAUGUAGAGGACGACUAUAUCCUUUUUGAUUGUCCAGGUCAGAUUGAGUUGUACACUCACCUGCCUGUGAUGAAACAGCUGGUCCAGCAGCUCGAGCAGUGGGAGUUCCGAGUCUGUGGAGUUUUUCUUGUUGAUUCCCAGUUCAUGGUGGAGUCAUUCAAGUUUAUUUCUGGCAUCUUGGCAGCCCUGAGUGCCAUGAUCUCUCUAGAAAUUCCGCAAGUCAACAUCAUGACAAAAAUGGAUCUGCUGAGUAAAAAAGCAAAAAAGGAAAUUGAGAAAUUUUUAGAUCCAGACAUGUAUUCUUUAUUAGAAGAUUCUACAAGUGACUUAAGAAGCAAAAAAUUCAAGAAACUGACUAAAGCUAUAUGUGGACUGAUUGAUGACUACAGCAUGGUUCGAUUUUUACCUUACGAUCAGUCAGAUGAAGAAAGCAUGAACAUUGUAUUGCAGCAUAUUGAUUUUGCCAUUCAAUAUGGAGAAGACCUAGAAUUUAAAGAACCAAAGGAACAUGAAGAUGAGUCUUCCUCUAUGUUUGACGAAUAUUUUCAAGAAUGCCAGGAUGAAUGAAGAGUUUACUAAAAGUAACCAUCUAAAGAGCUUGUGGCCAAACCAGCAGAACAUUCUUCUCUUCAAAGGAUGCAAUAGUAGAAAGCUACUUAUUUUAAUGAAAAAAAGUAAAACUUUGUUCUUUAUCAGCCGCAUGCCUGAAUCAAAUUUUUAAUUAUUUUGAAACUGCUGCUGUUUAAAGUGGAAUCUUUUAGUAUUAUAACAGCAUCACUGUAGAUUUUGUAAGUCAAAAUUGAAAUGAAUGCACAUAGAUUUAUAUAUAAAUUAGCACCUGAGCUAAGGUUAAGGCUGGUCUAAACUUAUUUUCACUUUUUGUAUUAUUUUUGAGAUGCAGGAAUUACUGUAACAAAAUAUGUAUGUCCGAAGGGAAAAAGCUGCAAGGAUAUAUAUAAGACCACUGCUUAUCUGUAUCUUCCCAUUUUCCUAUAUUGAAAAUGUAUAUUAUUUAUAUAACUUAAAAAGUAAAAAUAACUAUGUUUUGAGAUAUGUAUGUGUAUAUAUAAAAGAAACAGAAAGGUUUUUAAUGUUUCUUGGACCUAGAUAACAA